AUGCUCCGAGGAGGAAAAAGGUCCAGGACAACUGUGUUGGUGAAUGAAGACGAUAAAGAUGGGCUCAUAACACAAGGAUUUUACAUCAGCAUGGGGCUUGGGUUUGCUGUUGGAUUUUGGGGAGUUUGCGGCACUCUUCUGCUCAACAGCGCAGGCACCUUUGAGACGACAUGCUUCCCUUCAGUUGAAGAUGGAUGCGAUGGACUCCUAUUUGUACUAGUUUUCGAGUAUUUGAGUGAUGAUAAGGGAUCUCACUGA